CCAUCACACACUACUCCCAAUGAAAUCAAGGAGACACUUUAUUACAGGAAUGAAGAACCUGGAUACAACUUUGAUAAAUCAAGGUUAUUUUAUCCAGAUGUCUACUGGGUAACUCAUUGGGAGAGCAACAAACAUAUAAGUGGGAAAGAUCCACUUCCCGACGAUUAUGAUUUGUGGGUGCAUGUGUACGAUGCUCCGCAAAAGUGUGGUUUUUCUACAUAA